ACAGUUCAAGGUAGAGGCAGGCCCACUUUUGUACUGCAAGUAGAGGGCACAUCAACUGAAGCAAUCAUGAAAGGACUUUUAAGUAUUGUAGCUGUUUUUUUGGCUUUUAGCUCUCAAGUUUACUGUGAUGGACCAAUUAAUAAUAACCUUUUCUACAACUUCACUGGAAGUGACAUGCAGGAUCUUGUUACUACUUACUAUUUUGUGAUUGGUGUCACCGUUAAUGGUCAGAUAGGUGAUGUGUGUGCAGCUGGAGUUUCUAAUGAAACUGCUGGUAGCUACUGUCAAGCAAUAGUUGAUGAUGUUUAUGGCUUACCAGGUUUCGUGUCACCAAACGGUUCUAUUGGUUACCCUGAUAGUUUUAAUGAUUUCCCCCCAAAGGUGUUUGACUACAGUUAUACAAAUGUUUCCUGCUCCAAUGGCUACUCUUCUUGUACUGGGAGUCAAAUGAGCAACUGUACAGCUAGUGGGGGACUGCUUAGUAUACAGUGUAGUUUUAUUUCCCCUGAAUGUUAUUAUGGUGAAACUGAUCUUAACAAUUACGUCAAUGUAUCAAAUGGCCCUGGUCUCUUUACACUGACUGGUCGUCCAACCAUUUGUGUAGAUGGAAGCUUUCUUCCUGUAUGCAGUGGUGUCCCUUUGAGUCCUAUUGAUGUCUCAAGGAUAUGCCUUUAUAGUUUAGGAAUAUCAAGUGGGUUUGUAGGUAGACCAGCAGGUGUUAUGGCUCCUCCUCUUAACUUAACGAGAGAUCUUGGUAGAGUAGUGACUGGGUUUGACUGUACAGAUUUAGAAAACUGCACUAACACCACAAUGUAUGGAGACUGCGGUUCUAAUGGAUAUGCAACUGUUACAUGUCAGAGAGUGUGUAUUGAUGAUGAUGAUGGUCAUAGUGAUGUAUUCCUGUUCAAUCAGUACUCUGGAGUCGAAGGUGGUAGCAGCUACAUUGCUGGUAUUCCACAGUUCUGUGCUAAUGGUGCUCCUACAAGAGUAUGCAAUGAUGGAACUAACUCUCCAAGAAUCAUCAACUUUGCCUGUGAAGCAUUGAACUAUCAAUAUGGGCAGUUGCUUUCUUACAAUGCCAGUGUUUAUAAUGGCACUCCUCCUGGUGUUGUCUAUUUGUCUAACUUCUCUUGUCCCACCAGUGACAUCAACAGUUGUGGUGACUAUGCCAACUUUGCUACUGAUUCACGUUGUUUUGGUGGAUCACUUGAGUACUUUGUAAAAUGUUACAAUGACACUCAAAACUGCAAUAUGCCUGGUGUUACCUUCUUCACUAAUUUCAGCAGUAAUAACUUUGGACAGCAGCUGUUAUCUGGGAUUGCUGUGAUGUGUAUUAAUGGACAUUUGGUCCCAUUGUGUAAUGAAAAUGAUGAUGACUAUGAUUCUGAUGAUAUCGAUCUAGUAUGUACUUCGAUGGGAUUCGAUGGUGGAUCUAUUCGUCCUCCCAAUCCAUCUAGAUACGGCCCAGGACCACAAGGUGUUGGAUAUUACGGCAACUUCUCUUGUCCAUCAAAUGCAACUGAUACUAGCUCAUGUACUGCAACAAUGACAAACAACACUCAGUGUAUUGGAGGACUGAGGGAACUAGUGAUUGAGUGUUACCUUGGAACACCCACAACUCCAUCAACAACUGCCACUAGCGCUCCUACUUCUACAGCUACUGCAACCCAAAGCAUCACUACAAGUGCAACACGUGUUGUUACUACAACAGGAGGAGCCAGUGUCACUCCUUCAAGCACUCCAACCGAAUCCUCUUCCUCUAAAGUCGGACUAGCUGUUGGGGUUACAAUUGCAGUUUUGGUUGUCGUCGGUUUGAUAGUAGCAGCUGUCAUUAUAGUGGUAUUCAUUGUUAUUAGGAAGCGUAGAUCUGGCUCCUUUUCAUUUUAAUUUUAAACAAACUAUACACUUUAAUAAAUGCUAUGCUACAUGACUUACUAGAUACAUGACCUUUUUAUUGCAGUUCAUGCAGCUCCAUUCCAAUCUCAUGUAUACCUUUACUUUAACAAUGCAUGCACUAAUUUGGUAUUAACAUUAUUGUGAGAGUCAAUUAGAAA